AUGGGGGCACCUCAAACACCAGUUCGACAAGCACCUCGGAUGAAUAGGCAGAAUGUUGUACCUACACAAUCAGAGACAGAUUUAGUGGAGGAAGAAACAGUACACCAGGCUCAAAUACCCAGACCCCAACAAAACCAAGGUGUCAAGUUAGGAAUAGCGGGACGCCAGCCAAUGGUGUUAGUUGGUCGACAACAAAAUGCUGAUCAAAUUGUCGAUCAAUAUCGACAAUAUAUGGCAAUAGAAAACAAUUUAACUAUAAUUGUUGAAAGAACUAUGGGUAGGAAUGGCAUGAGCGCCACAUUACAGAGGCCAUUAUAUGCGUUUCCACUGGUUGAGUUUAUUCUCCAAAUCGAAUUACCCAAGGGAACAAAAGCACCUAAAUAUACUAAGUUUGAGGGUGGAUCUGGCGAAUCGAAAAUAGAAUAUAUUGCUACGUACCUAACUGAGUCAGGGGAUUUGGCUCACAAUGAGAAUCUAAGAGUAAAAAACUUCCCUUCUUCCUUGACUAAGGCAGCCUUUACAUGGUUCACUUUGCUGGCCCCAAAUACAAUUGAUCCAUGGGCCAAACUGGAAAAGAAAUUCCAUGAACAGUUUUAUGAAGGGCACUCCAAAAUUAGUUUGGCAGAUUUGUCAAGAAUCAAGAGGAGGUUCGCUGAGAGCAUCGAUGAUUAUUUAAAUAGGUUUUGA